AUGGCUCUCUCAGCGCACCAGUCCCGCGUGGGCCUGCGCGCCAACAGCAGCAGCAUCUGCAGCAGGAGGGCGCUCGUCGUCCGUGCCACGGCGACCAUGGAGGCCAAGACCACCAGGAACGGUGUUGGUGUCGAGAACUACAUCAGUGAGGUGCCAGAGACGCUCACGCGCCCGGACCUCGACACGCCCGACACCAUGCGCUUCCGCUUUGAGAAGAUGAUCCGCGAGGCGCAGGACUCCAUCUGCGCCGCGAUCGAGGAGAUCGACGGCACCAAGUUCCGCCAGGACGCCUGGGUGCGCAACGAGGGCGGCGGCGGCAUCACGCGCGUCAUCCAGGACGGCAACGUGUGGGAGAAGGCGGGCGUGAACGUGAGCGUGGUGUACGGCUCCAUGCCUGCGGAGGCGUACCGCGCGGCCUCCAGCAACCCCGAGCUCAUGGCCAAGAUCAAGGCGGCCGGGAACAGCAGGGGAGCAGUGCGGCGGCGGUGA